AUGCUAAUAAACAUACUUUAAAGUUCAAUUUUUCAUUUUCCUUAAACUUAUUAUUAAUUUUCCUCAAAUAUAUAAAUUAGGAGUAUCUUAAUAAUUAAUUACAGCACUUCCUCCUUAUUAAGUGGUUUCAUUUAUUAAAAUUAUAUUACUAAACUACUUUCUCCUUUUAACCAAUUUAUCAUUUUAUUUAAGAUUUUUUCCAUAUUUUAAUAUAAGUAAUCAUCGUAUUAAAAAUGGUUUGAAUUAAGUGGUAAUUAAUAAUCUUGUUCAAUACACAUUUACAUCAGGCCUGGUAUCUUAAUAGGAGUAUUUCUCUAUAAUUAUUAUUCAACUUUCGAAUGCAAUUUGAAAUUCUCUUUUAUUUUUCUUCAUAAAAUUCAAAGAAAUGGCUAAAAAAAUAAUUUUCGCAAAUCCAUUAAGGUAUGGAAGAUUUAAGUAAAAUGUUAUCCUUUUUCCAUUUUAAAAAAUUCUAAUAAAUCACCAUUUGAUUAAAAAUAGUAAUUAUUCAUUAACUCUUAUGAAUCUUUUUUAAUCAAUUAGAUAAUAUCUUUAACCACUACUUCCAAUCCAUUAUAAAUUUGCAGCAUCAAUAUUCAUAUCAAUCAUAUUUCAACUUCAACUUAUUAAAAUUCAUUAAAUCUAAAGUUUCUGACAAAAUCUGAAUCUAAUUUAUAAUUUUCGAAUUAUCUAUAUUUUAUUAGAUUUGUAGACAAUAUUUUGAGUAAGACAUCCUCAGAUUAUAUAAUUUAAAGUGGAAUACAUCUCCAAAUAAUUUUUAUCAUUUUCUAUCUAAAAAUCUAUUCUAUACUCAAUUUACCCUCUUUUUCAUCAUCACAAUAAAAAUUUAUGUCAGAAUCUCCUAAGGUGUUCAACAAUUUCAUAUCUGAAUAUAGUUCAAUGUCUUCUAUUAGAAAUUUUCAACAAUUUAGUAAUGAUCUUUAUAUAAUAGAUUAUCCGCUUCCCAUUUGA